UGUACACACACAUACACACAGUCCAUGUUUACACACAGUUUGCAGAUUGUCUUAUAGGAUAAACUACAGGGAUAAAGCUCUUUCUCUGCCAGUAACACAGAGUGACACAACACAGGCUCCAGGGACCAAACUGUUACUGUCAGAGACGGAGAGAGAGAAGAGGAGGUAGACCUGAGCCGACAGUAAACCACUGAUAACAGGGAUUAAUUUUUCUACACCUCCAUAAAAUCCUCUCCCAGACCUCAUCAUGGAUAUUGAUUCUGUGUACCAGUAUUUAGGUAGGGAUAAUCUAUGGCUGUAUGGCAUUUCUACCUUCGUGGUUCUGUGGACGCUAGGCUGGCUGUACAGAGACAGUCUGGAGAUAGAGGAUAUCAAGGAGAAGUAUGUGUUUGUGACGGGCUGUGACUCUGGCUUCGGGAACUUGCUCUGUAAGAGGCUAGACCGACGGGGGUUCAGGGUGAUAGCUGGGUGUCUCACAGACAAAGGGGCUGAUGAUCUGAACAGGGCGACUGGGCCGUACCUGAAGACGGUUCUCCUAGACGUGACGAGCACCUCCAGUAUACAGAAAGCUAUGGAGUACACCAAGCAGGAGGUUGGAGAUAACGGACUGUGGGGUAUCGUGAACAACGCGGGGCGGUCCCUGCCCAUGGGUCCCACAGAGUGGAUGAGGAUGGAGGACUAUACCAGUACCCUGAAGGUCAACAUGACGGGGGUGAUAGAGAUGACCCUCACCUUCCUGCCCCUCAUCAAACAGGCCCAUGGGAGGAUUGUCAACGUGGCCUCAGUGCUGGGUAGGGUGGCGGCUAACGGUGGGGGAUACUGCAUCUCUAAGUUCGCUGUGGAGUCCUUCUCAGACUGCCUCAGGAGGGAUAUCCACUACUUUGGGAUCAAGGUGUGCAUCAUUGAACCAGGUUUCUUUAAGACAGCGGUUACCAGUCUGGAUCCCAUUGAGAGAGAGCUGCAUCGCCUGUGGAACCAGCUCACACCUGAAGUAAAGGCCAGCUACGGAGACAAAUACCUGGAUAAGUACAUCCAGAUACAAAGGUUGAUCAUGAAUGCAUCUUGUGACUCUGACCUGAGUAAAGUGACUAACUGCAUGGAGCAUGCCUUGAUGUCUUCCUACCCCCGAACCCGCUACAGUGCCGGCUGGGACGCCAAGUUUGGAUGGAUCCCUCUCUCUUACAUGCCAUCCUGUGUCAUCGAUAUUGGGCUGAAACUGGUGAUGCCACGUCCUGCUAAGAGUGUGUAGAGUUGCAUUUAAAAUAGUUAAUACGAUACAAUACAUAAUGCAAUACAAUCCUAUACUAAACAAUAAAAAAAACAGUAUAUUGUUUUGAGUUUAAACAUACAGAAUGUAGAGUAGUCUACACAAUUUUACCUGAAACUUAAUUCAAUGCAUUUCUUUCCAGGCCUACUGUCUGUGUUUUGAAGCUAGAUUAUAUCCUAGAGUUAUGAAAGAAAACAACAUGGAAUAUUUGAAUAGUUAUCUUUGGGAACCUACUGUGCCUUUUUUUUGUCACCAUUAUUUAUGUUGCUUAAUUUCAAGCAAUAUUUAAAGUUUUACAGGCAAAAGCUUUAUUACCUAGAACAAGCAGUUUGAACAAGGCUGAAAGAACUGAUGUCUAUUAUAUGAACACAAAUAAUAAAAUGAGACCAAUUCAUGAUUUUUAAA